AUGGCGCAUCUGAUGUAUCCUCAACACCACACGCCCAUGGCUGCGCCUCCUCAAAAACCUGAGACCUUUAUGCUGAGCAGCGAAGCUCAACAAUCACUGCCCCAGGACGCCCAGGUCGCCCUGCAGCAGGUGGACAAUCUAAAAUACUUUUUAAUCUCUGCUCCCGUCGAUUGGACUCCCGACCAGUACAUUCGUCGCUUCCUCUUGCCCACCGGCGAGUACGUGUCUUGUGUACUCUGGAAUAAUCUAUUUCAUAUAUCCGGCACCGACAUUGUCCGCUGUCUGUCUUUUCGCUUUCAAGCCUUUGGCCGGCCCGUUAAGAACUCCAAGAAAUUCGAAGAAGGCAUCUUUUCCGACCUGCGCAACCUCAAAUCCGGCACCGAUGCCUCUCUUGAGGAACCCAAGAGCGGUUUCCUCGACUUCCUCUACAAAAACAACUGUAUACGCACCCAAAAGAAGCAAAAGGUCUUCUACUGGUACAGCGUGCCUCAUGAUCGUCUCUUCCUUGAUGCUCUCGAGCGUGAUCUCAAGCGCGAGAAAAUGGGCCAAGAGGCUACGACCGUAGCCGUCAAUGAGCCGGCCCUCUCCUUUGAGUUUGACUCGUCCCAGUCCCUCUUUGAACAAUUGACCAAGGCACAGCAAGCCAAUUCCUCGUCCUUCUCGGCCCAACAGCCAACCUACCCUCCACCGCAGAGCAAGUCGCCGGGUAUGCGCGCCAUGGAUGCCAUGCCACCGCCGCCCAUCAUGCCCAUGUCUCUCAACGACGACCUCAACUCCAUGUCGCCCUACCAUACCAUGGUCAUGCCUAAUAUGGCCCAGCAAGUCGUCAAGCGAGAGUCCGAGUUUGCUCGUAACCAGUACGGUCAGAACGGUCUUCCCAUCCCACAAUCACAGCAGCGUCAUACAUCCAUUCCUCCCUAUGCCAUGGAGUACUCUCCCACUCCCUCCUUCGUCUCCUCCCACUACGAGGACUACGGUAACCGUGCCAUCUCCUUCGAGCCCAUAACGCCGCCCCAGCAAGCCCUCGGCAUGGGCUCAGAGCCGGCCUACAUUGCUCACGAGGAGACGGGCCUCUAUUCUGCCAUCCCUGACCAUAUGGCCAAUAGCAUGAGCAACUUAAUGCAGAUUCCUCCCUCCCACCUUUCUGGAUCUCAAUACUCACAUCCAUCGAGAGGCUUUGCCAGCAAUAACGCCUACUCGGUCAUCGAGGGUUCGCCAACCUAUAAGCAACGCCGUCGUCGUUCUUCCAUACCUCCUGGUGCUGCCAAUCUUGCCGCCGUCACAGCUCAGGCCCGCACGAAUCACCGGCCCUCGGACCUCCGACGCUCCAUAUCCACCUCGGUCGGCCCGACCGUCGAUGGUGACGAUUCCGAGAACAACUCCCCUCCUGGCCUCGCCUAUAGUCGUGGAAUGUCUGUCGGCAUGCCUCAGCACAAAAACUUGAUGGAUAUGUCGCGUCACGGCACGCCCAUGUCGAGCAUUGAGAAUAGUCCCGCCAUCAAUCCCAUGGCCCUCCAACACAACGAUUACACUUCUAUGUCGACCGAGGAUAUGAAUGGCGAUGGUACCUCUUCUUUGCAUGCCUCGCCCCGCUCGCACCUCCAAGGCUCUGCGGCCGCCAUUCGCCGUGCCCGCAGUGCCACCAUGGACCUCGGCCCCUAUCCACACAAAUCCCACUCCUGCCCUAUCCCCACCUGCGGCCGUCUCUUCAAGCGUCUCGAACACCUCAAAAGACACGUUAGAACUCACACCCAAGAAAGACCCUAUGUCUGCCCUCAUUGUAACAAGGCUUUCUCCCGUUCCGACAACUUAGCACAGCAUAGACGUACACACGAUCGUGCCGACGGUUCCGACGGCCCCUUUGGUCACUACAGUGGCGAAGAAGAAGAUUACGAGGCCGACGAGCAUCUCGCUUCACUUGAAGAGACGUCACCCAUGUCGGAAAAUGGUUAUCUUCCGUCCAAUCUCAGUCAGUCUUGCAUGGGUCUUAGUAGCUUGGGCAUGAGCAUGUCCACAUCGGGUCUCGCCAACCCAAGUGAACUUAUGAACGGACACCAGCUGCUCCAACAGCCCAUAUGA